AUGGAAGUGUAUCGACGCAUCACUGAGCGUGUGCGUGGGGCUCUAUGGGCACACCAUGGCCGUCUUAUGCCGGAGCGGCAGUUUCACCGCAUUUUAGCCUAUGUCUAUAAUAACAAGUACGAGCACCAGAUUCGUUUUGACCGUAUGGAAGUGGUGGGCCGCGCGUGGGAAGGUCGGGUGGAGGUUGUUACGACCCCCGCAGGAUACCUGAAGCGCGUGCGAGUGAACCCAUGUUUGGAGGAGCUCUCGUCAUACCGUCAACAGCAACUUGUUUUGGCAGCCUACGCAGAUGCCUGUGCUCAGGGCCGACGCUUGAUGGAGAAGGCGGAGAUAAACAUUUACAAGCAAUUUCUAAAGGACCUGAAGCCGAUUGUGAUGGGUAUCCGCGACAACCCCGAGUUCUACACGGUACCGGAAGACUCCGUAGAGACGGUUGGUGGGACACUGCAUAUGGGUCAGGGCCCGACGCCGACGACAUAUCGCACCAUUCCGGCCGCUAAGGCACAUAUUCCGGUUGAUGAGGUUCGCGCCCGACAAGAGUGGGAGAAGAAGUGGCUGAAUAGUCCUCAGGGCCAGUCAUGGGCUUUGACGCUGCGUGGCAAGAGGUACUUUGCACUGCAUGGGCCGCAGUAUCGACCGCGUGGCGCACCGGGUGCAAAGAAGGUAACAUUGCCACUGGAUGUGCCCGCACCCUAUACGUCUAUGGAUGAGAGACGCUUGUUGAAGAAGAACUGGAUGGCGUAUCUUGACAAUAAACAUGUGGCAGAGGUGAUGUGGACACGGGCCAAAAUAGCAGAUAGGGAGAAACUGCAGCGGAGGUUGCAGGAAACCGGACAAGCGUGGCAUCGCCCUAUCAACAAGGAGGCUGUCUCACGCUGGUGA